AUUGGCCAGAAUUGCUCCUCCGAGCUUCCUAUUGGCUUGAUGAGUUGCCCCGCCAGUGGAGUGUAGAAACAGCGCCACAAUUGAACAGCGUUCAGUGUUUGUCCUGUGCGGAGUGUUUGCAGUCAAAUUGGAACAAAUACAUUCAGAUAAUAGAAGCUAAUCUUCGUUCACAAAGAUCGUAGAUGUAUUAAGCGUUCAGUUAUCGUCCGGGAGAUUCGAGCUUUCGUAAGUUAAGGACACUAACAGAGGGAUCUGAUGCCGCGGUAGCUGGAAGCUAACGUUGCUAACGUUAGCAGCUGUUAGCUGAAGUGUCCGGUGUUUUCGGCGUUUAGUUGCUGUUCGCAGACCGGCUCUGUGGACGGGAGCAGGGAUGAGCUGUCCGGUGAAGCUCCAGGCGCUGCCGUCUGGAGUUUUUGAGGCGGUUGUAACUCCAGAGAAUGUGAGAGGAAGGAGCUCAGUGAGCUCUUUUGCGCCGCUGACUUUUCCCAAAUCCAGAUCAGCUCUGUGGGAUGGCAGCCCCGCAGGAGAGAAGAUCCACCUCCAUCUCUGCGCUCAUAGGAAGCCUCGGUUGGUGCUGCUGGAGAAAGCUCUGCGCCUGGCUCAGCGCCACGUCCGUCACAGCAACAAGCCCCGCCUCCAGUGCUUCUUCCUGGGAUCAGUGUCUGUAGACGCAGAUGAAGAGGGGGUCACAGUGACUCUGGACCGGUUCGAUCCUGGUCGGGAUAAGCCCGGAGCCUCGGGCAGGAUUCCUUCUGCUCUGCUGCCCGGAGACAUCCUGGUUCCCUGUUUGUUCUCCACACAGGCUGAGAUGCCAACUGAUGCCGUCCAAUCAGAGGCUGAGAUGCAUCACUGCUUCAAGAUGUUGCAGCAGUUUGUGAGCAGCAGACAGACUCUGGAUCUGUCUCAGGUGAUAAAGGUCAGAGGUCGCAUUGUCCUCUCUCAGCAGUCUGACGCCGCAGCAUUCAGCCUCAGCUGGUCGUCCGUCUGUCCGUCCGUCAGCGUGGAGGUUCAGCCGGUCCGAGCCGUCCCUGUCAUCCCCACAGCUCUGCUGAGGAGUCUGACCAGCAUCAACCGACCGCCACACACUGCCAACCGACAGCGAGGGUUUCUGACGAUGGAUCAGACCAGAAAACUCCUCCUGCUGCUGGAGUCUGAUCCUAAAGCCUCCAGCCUGCCGCUGGUCGGACUCUGGCUGAGCGGAGUCACACACGUAUACAACCCUCAAGUGUGGGUGUGGUGUCUAAGGUUCCUGUUUAGCUCCGCCCUCCAGGACAGGGUUUUCUCAGAGAGCCGCUGUUUCCUUCUUGUUCUGUUCGGCUCCACCCACAGAGCGCCUCAGUUCUUCCAGUGUCGAGGACCAGGAUCAGGACUGGGACCGGGACCACAGCUGGACUACCAGCUGCUGAGCGCCUCCCAGUGUGUUACACUGUACCAGCAGGUGGGGUCGGUGGAGGGUCAGACUCUGCAGUGUGAGCUGAGUUCAGAGGAUCACAGCAAACAGAUGGAGAUCUUCAGGAAGGCUCGGAGCUCUUUCAACAGUGCCCCCCCUCCAGCUGCCGGCCUGUCAGUCAGUGAUCAGGACUCCGGAGUGGAGGAUGAAGACCUGUCUCCACGACCGUCCCCGAGCCCCCACCUCCCCGCCCAGCAGGCUCGGAGAGUUCAGCCGUCUGUUCCUGAACUUUCUCUGCUGAUUGACAGCAGCUUCACCUCCACUCAGAAUGGCCCCGCCCACAGACCUCGGCCUCCACCAGCUGCUUCUGACAGGAAGUCUGCUCCUCCAGAUGGAAACACCACCUCCUCUUCCUCAGUUCCCAGAUCUCCUCCUCCUCCUCUUCACCUUCACAGUACCCCCAACUCCAACCUGCAGCAGCCCUGCACCUGCUGCUCCACCCACACCUACGACUGCACCCCCAUCUUUUCCUCCCCUGGACUCCACCCUGCUGCUGCUCCUCCACCUGCUGCAUCCUCUCAUCGCCACACUCCUCAUCCUCCCUCCAGUGUUCACCCUGCUCCACCUCCUCCUGCUCACUCCCACCACCACACUCCUCAUCCUCCCUCCAGUGUUCACCCUGCUCCACCUCCUCCUGCUCACUCCCAUCACCACACCCCUCCUGUUCCUUCCAACGACCUUCCAACUAGUCCCUCCUCCACCCGUGAUACUCCUCUGUCCUCCCAUCACCAUACUCCACCUCCCUUCUCCAACCACACAUUUUCUCCCUCAGCUCCUCCUCCUUCCCACAGCCCCUCCUCUCCCCUCUCCAGCCACCACCACAAUUCUUCUCCCUCUACUCGUCUCUCUGGUCCUCCUCCUCCCCCCACCCUCCUCCCCCCUCCUCCGUGCCCCUGCAGCCAUCCUCCUGCUGCCCCGUGGUGUGGUGACUCCCCCUCACAUUACCCUUCCCAUCUAGUGACAGCAGACCGUGCGUCUCCCCCCUGGUUCCCCCAUCCCUCCUGUGUGAACCAGUGCUGUGACAAGGUGGGGGGAGUCAUACCGACGGACACCUACCAGCUCCUCCUCCAUCAGGACCAUCAGCUUCGCCUCCUGCAGGCUCAGGUGCAGAUGUUGCUGGAGGCUCAGGGGAAACUUCAGAGCUCCGGUCAGCAGGUCAGCACUCAGACACCCAAAAGCACUGCCAGCAUUGCUGUAGGGACAGGUGCAAGUCUAUUCUGGGCAGAUCCUGUCCAGCCCCUCCCUCAUCAGGAGGCUCAUUUUCCUCCACCUUCUUCACCCACACCUCCCCCCUCGUCCUCUCACAGCUCCGCCUCCUGCGUGCCCCCCUCACACACUGACCUGUCUGUCACCAGGCCUGUGGGCGGAGCUGUGGACAGUGACAUCACAGGUCAGGAGGCUGCCAUCUCCCCCUCUAGCCAACGCAGCGAACUGCAGAGUCCAGUUCUGGGAGAGAGUGUCAGCAUGUACAGACCUGCAGACGACCAGCAGGACUUCUACCACGAGCUCAUGAAUCAGCUGAACAGUCGCCUACAGGAGUCAGACAGCACAGAGGAAGCGAGGGAGGGGGAGGAGGAGGAGCCAAGGAGGAGGAGCCUGUCUGUGGUUUCAGACAGCUCCCAUUCCUCCCAGUCCUCCCAGCCCUCCCAGCCCUCUUUGUUGUCCAGGAAGAUGCAGAAGAAGCAGAAGCAGCAGAGUUAUGGAGAUCCGGUGGUCAGCGCCACCCUGCAGCAGCUGCAGCAGCUUGGAGUUAACGUGGAUGAAGAAGAUCUGACAGAGUCUAAGAGGAAGAUGCACCAAACUGCAGAGAGCAGCAGCACUCUGGCGAGCAUCAACCCAGCAGCGGUUCUGUCCAGACUGAGCGUGUCUGAGCCGGCAGUCACCUCUUUGCUCCCAGGAGGCAGCGUGGAUCUGAGUCUGGAGGCCAACGCCAUUGCCCUGCGCUACCUGAGUGAUUCUCAGCUCAGCAGGCUGUCUCUGGGAGGCCACAUGCCCCGCCCAGGCCCCGCCUCCUCCAGUGACUCCCUGCUUUCGCCUAACAACAUGUCUGUGGCCACCAAGAAGUACAUGAAGAAGUAUGGCUUGAUUGAGGAGGAGGACGAGGAAGAGGAGGAGGUUGAUGUUGAGGAGACGUUGACUCAUCAGCCACUGACUGAAGCUCAGAAUGUGAAGCACCUCCCACAGAGUCAGCUGAUCCGCGACCUGCGGCCGAAGAUGCAACUUUUAGUUGGCAACGCCAAACAGAACACAGACGACAAGGAGAACCGUUCCACCGGGCGGCCAUCUUUAGUAAAGGCGAGCAGCCGUCCGACAGAAGGAUCGGUGGGAAACAUCCUGGACCUGAGCCGCCUCAGACAGCUGCCCAAACUCUUCUGACACACAGAUGCUGAUGGGACUAAAAUCUGCUGCACAAGUGUAAAAACUGCUAUUUUUUAAAUGAAGUCUGGUUUAUCUGAGGUGCUCAGUGUGGAAAUCUGCCACUUUUACUUUGUCACAUGAUGUUUUUUUUGUGCGUGUUUGAUCUUCUCUUCCUGAUUUUAUGUGAAUUGUUAUUUUGCACAAAGUUUUUUAUAUUUAUGAUUUGACAAAUAAAUCUGAUAAUCCCUUUAAUACCCUGACCUGAAUGCAUACGUAUUUCAGAUUGUUAAACAUUAGCUUACAGCUCACAUUGCUGACUGUCACCUGUUGGUCUGCCCCCCUGCUGGUCAGAUGGGCUUCCUGCAGCUGUCACAGUGGUUGAUCAGUGACCGUUCAGAAGCGGCAGACGUUUCCUGGAGCUCUGAGCUGUUGACUAACAGACGAUCAAUGUCUCAAAGGUUGAUGUGAUGUUUUCAGAGCACUGCAGGACACUGACCUGAGUUUAGCUCAAACUGCACACAUCUGGCCCAGAACACGCUUGACACUACCUGUUCAGAUUGUGGCACAGCUGCUUCCCACUCAGUUAAUGGAGUCUGAUAAUGAAGCUUUAAAGUCCUGAUUGUGGAUUUCUGGUCACAUUUGUGUCUUUCCACCAGCGUGAUG